UGUAAUGGCUGCUGGCGAGGCGGAGAGCAGUACCAUGAGACAUUUAGGUUUAUUUUUUUACAUUUUCUCCGUGAACCGUGUCUUCUUUCAUCCUACCGUCUUGUGAGAAGCAAGGCAAGUUUGUUUCCCAACCAAUGCAUCAUGUCAAGGAACCAGACACCAGUGCUGACUUACUUCUUUGGAAUACUACUGACAGGCUGUGCAGCAGAUGAUAAACGGUGCGAGGUGUUGGACGUCCAUGUCACACCCAUUGAAGCAAACUCAUCUUUCGUGUACGACACCACUUACAAAGACCCUUCCUGCACAAACAAAGGAGAGCUGACACGAAAACUGAGGAGGUGCAAUGCUACUUUCGACUACGGUGAUGUGAGGGGUGAAGGGGAGGUAAAUUACUGCCAUGGAGGAAUGUGGAUGGUGACGGUGUCUGGAAACGUGAACUCUGCUUGUUUUCACUGCUGGGGCUUUUACUUACAGCAUACUAUAGUACUCUCUUUCACAUACGAUCUCCUCAACAUCACAUUAAAAGAUGUUCCCCCUACUGUGAAAAGUUGGAAUCUCACCAUCUAUAAGUCCACAACAGAGCAAGACUACAAGGCCUGUAAGCCACGCCAUGGAUUAACGUAUAUAAAAAAGCUGUUUCAGGACACACACCUGAAAGCAAAUAUCACCUGGUCGCUUGUCACUCUGAAACAUUCCUUUGACCCAAACGCCUGUUACUGCCUCGUGAUGAAUCCAAUCAGCCAUUUGCCUCUGAGUCCGGACAACAUCCUGUUCACUACCAAAGACUGCAGACCGACUCCACCCUCACGUGAGAACGGAAUAUCACCGACAGGUUACCUACCAAAGUCAACAUGGGAGAUGGUCGGAUGGGGAGUGUUGGCAGGCACGCUGCUGUGCUUUGUGGCCAUGAUUUUUGUUGUCCUUAGGCUGAAACGACUUGUAGCUGACCAAUGCGGCUGGACAGAGCAAGGAUUGUUGUCGACCUAUGGUGAGAAGUUGUAGCUGGUGAAGUCUGUGGGACUUCAUGAAAAGAUUGCUUCUCUACUCUACUCUGUUAAAGGUUCACGGACGAAGUGAAGGAUGCAGUUUUCUUUUGGGUGCAAAUACGACGAAAUAAAUUCCCGGACCAUUUCUCGGAGCUCUCAAAAGACAUGAAGGAAGCAAAGCAUAUAAAUGUGUGCUGAAAGAGAGAGAGAGAGAGAGAGAGAGAGAGAGAAAGAAAGAGAGAGAGAGAGUGUGUAUACUAUAGCCACUGCAAAUUCAUAAAUAGUACAAUUUUACAUCACUGAAACUCAUGUGGCCUUCUCCACCUAUGAGGUUCCGUCACUGUAUGGAGCACCACUUGUUUUUAGAAUAUGUCCCCUGGAAUUCUCUUUGUCUCAUUCAUUGUUGAAGAAUGGCAACAAACUUAGG